AUGCUGGUGUGUGCAGCCAAAGAGCUCUUGGCAUCCGACUGGGACCUGCUUGGCUGGAUCAACAACAAGAUCCAGGCCCGCACCUGGAUCAACAACAAGAUCCGGGCCCGGCCACCGCCUUGGACUUCUCGGGCUCCAUCAGCUGAGGCCUUGACGAAGCACACAGCGUCAGUCGCCCUCCAAAGCGGGCGCCGAGUCUUGUAA